UAUUACAGCCAUCUUGAACCGUCGGAUUGAAAGAAAAAGAAUGUGGCCGUCAGAUGUAAAUGGCUAUUCCAAAAAAAAAAAAACACCUCCGUUUACAAAACAAUUGCUCACCGGAUUUUCCUAUUACAGGCAGCUUCUGUCCCUUGGCUUCGAGCUUUUUUCUUCUUCUUAACCAGAGACCCGGCAAGCCAGGUAGCUUGAAAAUGGCAGCGAAGUACAUAAUUGUUUCUAUUUUGGGAUCAUUUGCUAUUGCUUAUGUGUCUGAUCAGCUUGUUGCCGAAAAGAAGAUUUUUGGAGGGACUACACCUCACACUGUUUCAAACAAGGAAUGGUGGGAAGAAACUGACAAGAAAUUUCAGGCUUGGCCCCGCACUGCUGGUCCACCGGUGGUGAUGAAUCCCAUCAGCCGCCAGAAUUUCGUUGUUAAGCCUGGUCCUGAAUCUUGAAGACCUUACUUUUGCUUCUUUUGGUUUCAGUUUGAAUUGCUAUUCCCUGUGAAAAAAUUGUGGUGCUAGACUUUAUUUAGUCUGGUUUUGCAUUCAGAGUCAUUCUUAGUUCAGAAAACUGUUUUUGUUCCUUUUUUUCAUUCCAAACUCAAUUUGGCCAAAGGAGUGUUAGAGGAUGAUAUCACUCUUACUAGAUCUCAAUGAAUUUUUGUGAAGCAAUACCAAACUGCUCUUUUGUAUAUUCCAGGAUUCAUCAAGUAUUGACACCUGAUAAAUUUUACGUAUGAUGUGAAUUGCUAGCCAAUA